AUGAGAAAAGGUACAGUGAAUUGGUCCGAACUUCCAUACGAUGUACUUGUUACGAUAGCGAAUCGUGUUACAUGUAUUGAUGAUUUCUUUGUAUUCGGUGCCGUUUGUAAAUCAUGGGGAACUGCUGCUACAAAAGAAAAUUUUGAUUUUUCAUCGCCACAAGUUCCGUUGCUUAUGUUGGCUGCUGAUGAAGGCAAUGAUUAUCGAGAAUUUUACUCUAUUUCCAAAAAGAAAGUUUCACACAGAGUUUUUCUCCCAGAAGCUAAAGGGAGAGUUUGUUUUUCAUCGUUCGGAUGGCUUUGUACAGUAGGAUAUAAAGGUACCAGAGAGAUGAAGUUAUUGCAACCUUUCUCACGUGCCCAAAUUCAACUUCCUCCUUGUACUAGCUUGAUAGAAUAUUCGGAAGAUGAAAACUAUGUGAUAAUCUAUAGAGUUGUGUUAUCUGCUAAUCCUUCGUUAACAUCCGACUAUGUUGUAAUGAUGUCUUAUAAUUGUAAGUUUAGACCUUAUUUGUCAUUCUGGCGACCUAGAAAUCUUUACUGGACCAAAAUUGAUAUUGAGGGAUGUGGUUCGCUCCAUGAUAUCCAAUACUUCAACGGACAGUUUUAUAUGCUCACUUAUGACGGAGUUUGGGUUAUUGAUAAUCAUGAUCAACCCUGCUUGCUUCUCAAGAAAAACUCUAAUUAUGAGACUACAUAUUGUCCAUACUAUACACGGUACUAUCUAGUCGAAGGAUCAGGUGCACUAUUAAUUGUUAAGCAAUUCUGUGAAAAUGGUAAAGUAGUUGGACACAUAGCUGGCGAAUAUGAAUUUCAAGUAUGGCAACUAGAUCUAAUCGAUGGAGAAGCAAAAGAGGUUAAAAUCUUGGGAGAUAGAGCAUUAUUUUUGGGGGGUACUGCUUCAACUUCAAUUGACCCUUCUAGGUUUGUAGGCGUGAAGCCUAAUCACAUCUAUUUUACUAAUGGGAGAGAGUUAAGCCUCAACAAACACAGUGGCAAAUAUAUGAGGGCUUACAAUCUUGAAGAUGGAAAAACUACAUUUUUUAAUCAUAACACUCAUGUUAGUCCUGUUUUCCCAUCAACUUGGGUUAUCCCGUUGUUCUAA